GGGCUGCCUGCGGGCGCGGUGGGAGGGAGGCUUCCGGUCCUGCUGUGCUGCUCGGCUGUGAUCUGUGCGUGUUGUGAGCGUCGUUAAAUCGCAGCAGUUCUCCGAGGAGCGGAAGCUCGGCAGCUGUGCGAUCAGCCCUCCCGCUGGUGAGAGCUGGCCACGACGCCUGCCCCUAUCUGACGUUUUCUGGGCUGUGCUGAUAGUUGUGCAUGAAAAAAUGGAAACUGACUGCAGUCCUAUGGAGUUGACCAAUAACACGGAAUCUGAAGAGGAUUCUGAUUAUAGAGACUUCGAAGAAGCAGAUGUGAAAGAUAUGAGACUAGAAGCCGAAGCUGUAGUGAAUGAUGUUCUGUUUGCUGUUAGCAACAUGUUUGUUUCAAAAACCCUUCCAUGUGCAGAGGAUGUGGCAUAUAUCAACGUGGAAACCAGGGAAAGGGGGAGAUAUUGUGUGGAGCUCACCGACUCGGGACUAAGGGUAGUAGCUUAUGAUUUUGAUCAGACUGAUGAGAGUUUGCAAAACCCGUACCAUGAAACUGUCUACUCCUUAUUGGACACUCUCAGCCCUGCAUAUCGGGAGGUGUUUGGAAAUGCAUUACUACAAAGACUAGAAGCUUUGAAGAGAGAUAGUCAAUCAUGAUUUACCCUGAAGGGAGGAAGAUUUAAUAUUAGAAGGAAUUCUUUGUAUGAGGCACUGAGAUCUUUCUUACAAACACAGCUGCAAACAUCUAAAGAUUCAUUUCUUGCAUUGAUAUCUAAUAUGUACUAGUACUGUUCUAUAAAAUGUUGCUGCAGAGGAUUUAUGUAUUUCACAGUGAUAUCCACUAGGAUAGACUGUAAAACUAAUCAAUAUUUUCUUUUUGUUGUAGGUGAGCAAAUAACUUGCUUUUUUCAAAAAUGUUCAAAAAUAUUUGGUCUCUUUUCAAAGUGUUACUAUCCAAAGCUCUUGAAAAAAUGUAGAGAUUGAAUGUUAUAUUGGCAAGUAAUAAUCUUAUUUGUGAUUACUGAUUAUUGCCCUAUCUGAUUUUUAACAUGGAAGUUAACCACCGAAUUACUAUAUAUUAAUUGAAAUUAAUAGAACAAAACUAGCAGUUAACUCCUAUUUCAAACUGAGAAAUAGACUUUCACACUGGUUUGCUGUGCAUAAAUCUGAGAAUUCUAAGCUUCAAUAACAAGAAAGAUAGCUCUUGGGCAGAUGAGUAUUGCUUAUAUAAUAACAGUAUCUGAGUUAAAGGGAAAGUUCAUUACUACUUGAUCUGUCCUUGUCUACAGCAAGCAACAAACUCCAAAGAAUAAAUGUUCUACCGUUACUAUAUGAAUGUAUUGUCUGAAUUGCAAACGAAUUAAGCACAGAAAUAACUUAGGAUGUAUCAGGCUACAUUCCUUAAAGAUGAUGCUAUGUAUGAUAUAUAUGUAUGUAUGCUGUAUUGUAACUUUUUGGAGGCUUGGAAGACAUUUUAGCUUGUUUACUAUUCUGAAUGUGUGUUUACAUAAUGUGCAGGAUAUAUAUACCCAGAGUAUUUUGCUUCAGCCUUUACUUUCUACAACAUGGUAAUUUGGUACUCCCGUUUUUCAACUUUUCUUCCUCAAUUUUACAGUAUCCUCUCCUACUGAAUACUGAAUAUGCAUUGUAAUACUGAUUGCAUUGUAUUGGUUUGAAACCAAAGGUUGUAUGAAAUUUGUUAGGACUAACACAAGCUGGAAGACAUAACUUCUAUUUUCUACUUAAAAACUGGUACAAAUCUCUUUAUAAUGUAUUGCUUUAACUUUUCAAGUAUGUAUUGAAUGGUAGACUUUUUUUUUUAAUUGUCUAGAAAUACUAGAUCUUCUGAACUAGCAUUCUAUGAUCAUAAUACUUCUUGUAUUCUUGUAUUAUUCAAUAUUUGUGCAUCUUUAUUUAUUCUGUCAUGCUGUUGUGCUAAGUAUAUGCACUGUCUUUACUGGAGCCAUGCUUAGGAACAUAUCAGUCCUUGUGAACUCACAAAUCUAGUGACUUCCAUAGAGCUAUAUCGACUUACACCUGUUGAGGAGUAGCCAUAUUAAUUGGAGGAGCCAAACAGAGUUUCUGCAAUAGUUUUGGGGUGGUGAUGUUAUAACUGUGACUGGUGAGAUGACCACAGUCAGCUUUUCCAUUUUCUAGAGCUUAAUUUGAUGUUUGUUUAAUUAUAUUGUUAGGUUGGCACUCCCAGUAUUAAUCUUUUGAUCCUGGGUAUGGACCUAUGCUCUAAAAUUUGUUCAUAGGCUCUCUUUUGCACACAGGUCUGUGGCACGUGGUUAGUCCUCUGUGAGGAGAAUGUACUUUACCAAAUUUAUAUUUGAAUAUUUUCCCUUGCAAUUAAUUUCCUUGUUCAACUUAAAUGACUAAAACAUUAAAUAAAUGCACCACUGUGUUGUUU